CUCCAUCUUUGUUUCUCUCCCUCCCAGGUAGCCAAAGAAAGCCCCCCUCUGCUGUUUCUCCGCUGUCUCCUCAGUGUGGUGAAGGGAAAAGACCAGCCAUGCAGCCAGCUCAGGGCCGGGUGUCCUUCGAAGAGGUGGCUGUGCAUUUCUCCAAGGGGGAGUGGAGCCUGCUGAGCCCAGCGCAGAGAGCCCUGUACAAGGAAGUCAUGCUGGAGAAUUUUGGGACUGUGGCCUCUCUGGGGCCUGAGGUUGCCAAACCUGACCUCAUUUCCAGGCUCGAAGGAGAAGAAGAGCCCUUUCUCCGGAUCUCUGAUGAAGAGGAGGGAUUGGCAGGAGGCAUGUGGAGGUCGGCGAAUGAAACAUGUGAGCAUCCAGCGAUGGAUAAAGGGGAAAUGUAUUCAGAUGUGAAAGGGGCUAAAUAUUCUGAUACCCUGAGGAAAGAGGAGAGAAAACAUCCAUCUAUAGGAAGGAGUAAUUCUGGUCUUUUACAAGGUGAAUACGCUCAUGAAAUCCCACUACUUGAAAAAAUGUACAUAGAAGACAAUAGAAAUGAGGGCAGUGAAAGUUGGAAUUUUUUUCCUGAAAAAUCAAACAAUACCAUGCAUUGGAAAAGCCAUAACACAAAGGAAAAAUAUAAAUGCCUGGAGUGUGGGAAAAGCUUUAGAAAGAGUGAAAGCCUUAAUUCCCAUCAAAGAAUUCACACAGGGGGAAACCCUUAUAAAUGCCAGGACUGUGGAAAAAGCUUCACUCACCGUGGAGGCCUUCAUUACCAUCGAAGAAUGCACACAGGUGAAAAACCUUACAAGUGCGUGGAGUGUGGGAAAUGUUUCAGAAAGAGUGGACAUCUUAAUUGCCAUGAAAGACUUCACACAGGGGAAAAACCUUAUAAAUGCCAGGACUGUGGGAAAAGCUUCAGACACAGUGGAGACCUUAAUUCCCAUCGAAGAAUGCACACAGGUGAAAAACCUUACAAGUGCCUGGAGUGUGGGAAAAGUUUCAGAAAGAGUGGUCAUCUUAAUUGUCAUGAAAGACUUCACACAGGGGAAAAACCUUAUAAAUGCCAGGACUGUGGAAAAAGCUUCAGUCAGAGUGGAAGCCUUAAUUCCCAUCAAAGAAUGCACACAGGUGAAAAACCUUAUAAGUGCCUGGAGUGUGGGAAAAGUUUCAGAAAGAGUGGUCAUCUUAAUUGCCAUGAAAGACUUCACACAGGGGAAAAACCUUAUAAAUGCCAGGACUGUGGAAAAAGCUUCAGUCGCAAUGAUAGUCUUAAUUCCCAUCAAAGAAUACACACAGGGGAAAAACCUUAUAAAUGUCUGGACUGCGGAAAAAGCUUCAGAGAUCACAACUCAACCCUCGCUUCCCAUCAGAGAAUCCACACUGGCGAGAAACCAUAUAAAUGCACAGAAUGUGGGAAAAGUUUCAGUCACAGUUCAAGCUUUAAUUCCCAUCAAAGAAUCCACACUGGGGAGAAACCAUACACUUGUUCUGAGUGUGGGAUAAGCUUCAGUCAUAGCUCAAGCCUUACAACUCAUGAAAGACUCCACACAGCUGAGAAACCAUAUGCAUGCUCUCAAUGUGGAAAGAGCUUCAUUCACAGUUCGGGUCUUGCAUACCAUCAAAGAACCCACACGGGUGAGAAACCGUAUAAAUGCUCUGACUGUGGAAAGAGCUUCAGUCGCAGCACAAAUCUUACUUCCCAUCAAAGAAUCCAUACAGGGGAGAAACCAUACAAAUGUUUAGAGUGUGGAAAGAGCUUCAAAGUGAGCUCACACCUUACUUCCCAUCAAAGAAUUCACACAGGUGAAAAGCCUUAUACCUGUGCUGAUUGUGGAAAGAGCUUCAGACACAGCUCAAACUUUGCUUCCCAUCAAAAAAUCCACACAGGAGACAAACCUUAUAAAUGUUCAGAGUGUGGAAUGAGCUUCAAUCAGAGUGCGAGCCUUACAUCCCAUGUCAGAACUCACACUGGGGAGAAACCAUAUAAAUGCUUGGAGUGUGGGAAGAGCUUCAGUCACAGCACAAAUCUUACUUCCCAUCAAAGAAUCCACACAGGAGAAAAACCAUAUAAAUGUCCAGUGUGUGGAAUGAGCUUCUGUCAGAGUGCACGCCUUACUUCCCAUCAAAGAAUCCACACAGGAGAAAAACCAUAUAAAUGCUCAGUGUGUGGAAGGAGCUUUCGUCAGAGUUCAAGUCUUACAUCCCAUCAAGGAAUCCACACAGGGGAGAAGCCAUAUAAAUGUUCAGUAUGUGGAAAGAGCUUUAGUCAGAGCUCAAGCCUUGCAUCCCAUCAAGGAAUCCACACAGGAGAAAAACCAUAUAAAUGUUCAGAGUGCGGAAUGGGUUUCCGUCAAAGUGCACGCCUUACUUUGCAUCAGAGAAUCCACACAGGGGAAAAACCAUAUACCUGCUCAGAAUGUGGGAAGAGCUUCAGCCAGAGUGCAAGCCUAAUAUCCCAUCAAGGUAUCCACACGGGGGAGAAACCAUAUAAAUGCUCAGAAUGUGGAAAGAGUUUUAUUCGAAAGGAGUACCUUUCUUCCCAUCAAAGGAUACAUACUGGAGAGAAACCAUACUCAUGCCCAGAGUGUGGGAAGUCCUUCCGCCAGAACUCAAGCCUUACUUCCCAUCAAAGAAUCCACACAGGGGAGAAACCAUAUAACUGCUCUGAAUGUGGAAAGAACUUCAGUAAGAGGUCAAGCCUUACCUGCCAUCAGAAAAUCCACACAGGGUACAAACCAUAUAAAUGUCAAGAGUGUGGAAAGAGCUUCCUUUGGGAAUCAAAACUUAAGAGACAUCAAAGCAGUCACACAGGGGAGAAACCACAUAAAUCCUCAGAGCGUGGGAAGAGCUUCAUUCCAGACACUCACCUUAGUUCACAUCAGACAGUCCAUGCAGAAAUUAAGCCGAAUACCUGCACAAAUGGCAAUGGAUGCAGUGAUGACAGCCCCCAGUUCCAGUGCAAGGACGGUCUCUGCAUUCCCCACAGCUGGGCCUGCGACGGCCUUUAUGACUGUCAGGAUGACAGCGACGAAACCAACUGCACCUGCUCCAGCGAUCAAUUCACAUGCAAGAACGGGCGCUGCAUUCCCAUGCUUUGGCGCUGCGAUGGGUCCAACCAGUGUGGGGACCUCAGCGACGAAACCAACUGCACCUGCUCCAGCCACCAGUUUGCAUGCCGGAACAGGCGCUGCAUCCCGAUGUCUUGGGCCUGCAAUGGGUUCGAUGACUGUGGGGACCUCAGCGACGAAACCAACUGCACCUGCUCCAGCCACCAGUUCACCUGCGACAACGGGCGCUGUGUUCCGGAGAAUUACGUCUGCGACGGUUUUGAUGAAUGUGGAGACAACAGCGAUGAAGCCGGGUGCCCCUGCUCUAGCGUCAGCUUCGUAUGCCACGACGGCUCCUGCGUUCCUCGCCUUUAUGUCUGUGAUGGGGUGAAAGACUGCAGGGAUGGCAGCGAUGAAGCCAGUUGCAGCCGCUUCUGCCCCAGAGGCCAGUUCCGAUGCCGCAACACCCUCUGCAUCCCCGAACACUGGACCUGUGACCAAUACGACGAUUGUGGGGACUAUACAGACGAAGCCGGCUGCCGCCAGCCCUGUGCCGGCUACCAGUUCACGUGCAGCAGUGGGCUCUGCAUUCCCACGCUUUGGACGUGCAAUGGGUUCAACGACUGCGGGGAUGGAAGCGACGAGGCCUAUGCUGUCUGCACCAACCCGGGCUCCUUCAUACACUCCCUGCGCUAUUUGGCCAUGUCGGUGUCUCAGCCCAGCCAGGGGCUCUCCCAUUACACCAAGGAGGGAUACGUGGAUGGGCAGCCCUUCGAGCGCUAUGACAGCAAGACCAGGCAGAAUGUGCCCGUGGCACCCUGGAUGGAGAAGGUACAGAAAGACUACCCCCUUUACUGGCAAUGGACAACCAACGCCAGGCGCUAUGAUGAGGCGAUGUCCCGCAUGGCACUGGGGCUUGUGCAGGAUCACUUAAACAACACUACGGGGUUUCACACACUGCAGGACAUUUUCAGCUGUAGGCUGAGAGAAGAUGGGCUGAAAGGCGUGGUCCGGAGCUACGGUUAUGACGGGAGAGACUUUGAUCUGCUGAGUUAUACCUGGAAGACGGACCAUGUUGCGAUUCCCAUGCCCAGGAGGAAGUGGGAAGCUGAACAAGCGGCAAAGGAUAAGGUCGGCCUGGAGGAGACUUGCACUGAGUGGCUGAGGAAAUGUUUGGCCUAUGGGAAGGGAAGUCUGCUGGAGAGAGAACCGCCCAUCGUGGAAGUGACACGGAAGGCAGGCAACGAAAGCCUGGAGACACUUACAUGCCGAGCCUACGGCUUCUACCCUGAGCAGAUUCAGACUACCUGGAGGAAGAACGGGGAAGUCCUGGGGCAGCAGAGCCUCCCAAGGGGUGUCGUUCCUAACUCAGACUGGUCAUAUGACACCUGGCUUAGCAUCGGGAUUGACCCCAAAGACAGGGGCCCCUACCAGUGCCAUGUGGAACACGUUGGCCUGCCGGAGCCCAUGGAUGUGGCUUGGGAGAAGUCUGAUCCAGGAUACGAGCCCUGGAACCGAGCCAGUGAUUCCCUGCUUCAUUUCCCUUUGGGAUUACUUAUUGGAUUAUUUGCUGCCUGGAUGUUUUAACUUGUUCUGGACUUCUGCUUGGAACCUGAAUGGAUUGGUAGUUAUAGGUGACUCUACCUAACUCUCAUACUCUGGCCUUUCUCUUCUUCAGUGGAUUAUGUUGCAGUGUGUGUCCGUAAUGGGCAUAUUUCACAGCCCUUUGUGGAUAGUCCAGAGUGGGUGUUAUAUUGAAUGCUUGAUAUUAUUUAGACAAGACUAAUUGUGUUGGCAG